AUCACUUGACGUCUAGUCUCUCUGUUGGGGUGCACACGGAUUGACCACUCCUUUGGGCUUUUCUUUUAUCCUUGGAUAUUUGGGGGGGAAAAGCUAAUCCACAAACAUGACUGACGCGCAACAAGAGGCCCGCUCCUACCUGAGCGAGGAAAUGCUGGCUGAGUUCAAGGCCGCCUUUGACAUGUUCGACACCGAUGGUGGCGGUGAUAUCAGCACCAAGGAGUUGGGUACCGUGAUGAGGAUGCUGGGCCAGAACCCGACAAGAGAGGAGUUGGAUGAGAUCAUUGAGGAGGUCGAUGAGGACGGUAGCGGUACCAUCGACUUCGAGGAGUUCUUGGUCAUGAUGGUGAGGCUGAUGAAGGAGGACCAGGCCGGCAAGAGCGAGGAAGAGUUGGCAGAAUGCUUCCGUGUGUUCGACAAGAACGGAGACGGUUACAUCGACAGAGAGGAGUUUGCCCUCAUCAUCCGCAGCACCGGCGAGUCCAUCUCAGAGGAGGAAAUUGAUGAGCUGUUGAAGGAUGGAGACAAGAACAACGACGGCAUGCUGGACUUUGACGAAUUCCUCAAGAUGAUGGAGAAUGUGCAGUAGAACAAGAAAGACUCAUGGACAUUCCUCCACCCUCCUGUGAACCCCCAUUCUGACCCACUCAAACUCCCUACCACACUUCCUCCUUCUCCUUGUCCACCUGGUUCCCUGCCUCUCUUCUCCAUCUUUAUAAAAAUCCUCAACAGACAGCUAGAGCACCCGCUGGUGGGGGAGUCCCUGGUUUGCUUGUAAAUGCAGACGCCCCCUAGAUGCCAUGCUGACACUGUGCCCUGUAACAGGACAGCAAGGCCGCAUUGGGGUUCUUCACUGCACACAGCUUUUGCAGUAUGAUGUGUCACCAGUGACCCCACCCCCCCCCCCCUCUGCUGGUAAAGCUCUGAUCUAGAUGUAGUCUAGAUAGACAGGCAGCCUGUUACCUGCUGCUUAGACCAAUGAAUUCAACCACUUCACUGUACAAAGAAGUCAUUUGCUUGAAAUGAAUAAAUGAACUAACACAUG